CUUUACCAUAGCAAGGGGGCUUAACUCUCAACUAAAAAUUAUUACACAAGUUUAUCACCAAACAACACGCCGAUAAUAAGUUGUCAUCAUGUUGACAAACAAAGUCUUCAUCAAGAAGACCAGGCUUGGAGGUGUGAUGAAAAUAGUGCGUGAGCAUUAUUUAAGAGAUGAUAUCUGCUGUGGUUCUCAAGCCUGCAAAAAGAAAUGUGAGCCAGCUAAUAAUGUUUGCUUAGAGAGAGAGCCAAUCAGUGACAGCAAACUUGUUCCAGAGCCGCACUACAUCAUACCAGACACAAAUGUAGCUCUGCAUCAGAUUGAUAUCUUGGAAGACCCAUCAGUUAAGAAUGUCAUUAUUCUACAGACUGUACUUGAUGAGAUCCGACACAGAAGUGCUCCUGUUUACAAAAGAGUAAAAGAUAUAAUCAGCAACUCACAGAAAUGCUUUUAUACUUUCUGCAAUGAAUUUAACAUGCAUACCUAUGUUGAACGGAAACCUGGAGAAAGUGCUAAUGAUCGUAAUGACAGGGCUAUUCGGAAAGCAGUUGACUGGUAUUCCCAGCACUUGAAAGAUGAGGGAAUUGUUAUUGUUUUGUUGACGAAUGAUGCAGACAAUUAUAAAAAAGCUGUCAGUGAGAAACUCACAGCAUACACAAUCCAUGAUUAUGUAAGAAGCCUUUCUAAUCAAUCCCUGAUAGACAGACUUGCCAAUCCACUCAAUCAGUCUUCUGCUGAUACAAGUGGUAAAGUUUUAUUUUCUGAGCAUCUUGGGCUUGCGGAUAUACAGAAAGGCAUCAGAGCAGGUAGAUUCCUCCAGGGGACCUUGUUGAUCAGUCGGGAAAACUACCUUGAGGCUAACGUCAGCGUGAAAGACAAGGAUCACAUGGUUUUUGUCCAAGGAUUGCAGAAUUUGAACCGAGCUGUGAAUGAUGAUAUUGUUGCCAUAGAGAUGCUGCCUGAAUCAGAGUGGAGUUGUCCUUCCUCACUAGUGCUGACAGAGGACGAUGGAAAAGAUGAUGAGGAUGAGGAAAACAGGGAACUUACGGAUAAUGAAUCUCUGAUCCGCAACAAGGUACCCAAGGAACUCCGCCAGCCAACAGCUCGUGUGGUGGGAAUUAUAAAAAGAAACUGGAGACAGUACUGUGGUAUUUUACAGCCUUCACUGCUUAAAGAGAGAACUCGCCAUCUGUUUAUACCAGCAGAGAAGAGAAUUCCAAAGAUUAGGAUAGAAACCAGACAAGCUGAAAACUUGGCCUCUAAAAGGAUAAUUGUGGCCAUUGAUAGUUGGCCACGGAACUCAAGAUACCCUCAGGGCCACUUUGUUCGCUGUCUUGGUGGUGUGGGAGACAAGGAAACAGAGAACGAAGUGCUGCUGUUGGAGCAUGAUGUUCCCCACUCCAAGUUCUCAGAGGCUGUGCUCAGUUUCCUGCCAAAAAUGCCAUGGACAAUCACUGAAGAUGACUUGAAAAGGCGGCGAGACUUGAGGCACCUGGACAUCUGUAGUGUUGACCCGCCAGGUUGUACAGACAUUGAUGAUGCUCUUCACUGUAGAAAGUUAGAAAAUGGAAAUUAUGAGGUUGGUGUUCAUAUCGCAGAUGUCUCUCAUUUUAUUCGACCUGGAAAUGCUCUAGACCAGGAGGCAGCAAGCAGAGGAACAACAGUCUAUCUAACUGACAAAAGAAUAGACAUGGUCCCAGAUUUAUUGAGCUCAAACCUUUGUUCACUGAGAAGUGGGGUCAAUAGGUUUGCAUUUUCUGUGUUAUGGGAGAUGACUCCUGAGGCUCAUAUCAUCAGCACAGAUUUCACCAAGAGUAUCAUUGAUUCAAAGGCCUCAUUAACAUACGCUGAAGCCCAGAUGAAGAUCGAUGACCCCAAUGCUUCAGAUAGUUUAACCCUUAGUUUGAGGGGGCUGAACAGGCUGGCCAAGAUUUUAAAGAAGAAGAGGCUCGACAAUGGUGCCCUCAGCUUAGCCUCAACAGAGGUGAGGUUCUAUGUUGACAGUGAAACCAACGACCCAAUAGAUGUGCAAACUAAAGUUCUCAGAGAUACUAACUCCAUGGUUGAAGAGUUCAUGUUGUUAGCCAACAUUGCUGUUGCUGAAAAAAUCCUACUAGAGUUUCCAGAUAAUGCACUUCUCAGGCGCCAUCCAUCCCCACCUGUAUCCAAUUUUGAUCCUUUGAUCAAAGCAGCAGCAUCUAAGGGCUUCAAGAUUGACGUAUCAUCUGGCAAAGGCCUGGCUGACAGCUUAGACAAGGCUGUGGUGGCGGAGAACCCGUACUUUAACACUAUGUUACGUAUCAUGACGACCCGUUGUAUGAUGCAGGCUGUGUACUUCUGCAGUGGGAUGUUGCAGCCGUCUGACUACCUACAUUAUGGCUUGGCCACGCCCAUUUACACUCACUUCACCUCACCCAUUAGAAGAUACUCUGAUAUCAUUGCACACAGACUUCUAGCUGUCAGCAUUGGGGCUGAUGCAUCCUAUUCAGAUUUGCUGGACAAGUCCAAAAUUCAGACCUUGUGUAACAACCUCAACUACAGACACAAGAUGGCACAGUAUGCUGGCAGAGCUUCUGUUAACCUACACACACAUCUUUUCUUUAAGACAAGGGUGCAGGAUGAAGAAGGGCAUGUUUUAUUUGUGCGUAAAAACGCCUUACAGAUCCUUAUACCCAAGUAUGGGCUAGAAGGGACUGUGUUUCUUAAUGAUGAAGGCCAGAAGUCCUCAAGUAUAUUUGUUUACAAUGAAGAGAUGAACACCCAAACAGCGGGGGAUGUGACUAUUCAUGUGUUUGAUCCAGUCAUUGUCCAACUAAGUAUUGACCGCACCAAUGUCCAGCAUAUGAAACUAUCACUUAAACUUGUCAAACCUAAGAUCCCUGGUUUCAGUGUACCUUCAGCUGCCACCUCAUCUACUGAAUCUCAGCCAGCUACAGCACAGCCACAAGAGAAGAAGAGACGCAUGAAAUGAUAAUGUAAAUAAAAUACACUGCUUGGAUGGUAACUAAAAUGUUGAGAUAAAUUAUGUUAAGUAAAAUGAUACGUCACCAUGUUAACACAGUUUGUUUACCUAUAAGGAUUAAGUAAUGGAAUAGUUGGUUUUUAUGUAGCACUGCACCAUAUUGGUGUCAUAUUUUAAUGGAGCAAAAUGUUACAUUCAUGUACAUUGGUUAUGUAAAAUGGUUACUUU